UGGUUUUUUAGUGUGUACGUGAUUUUUCGUAUUAAAGCCAACACGAUGACAGCACACAAACCAGCACUUUUUCUCCACACCAUAUUACUCCUAGCUACAAUCCAAAAAAUCUACACACUCGAAGACGGAUACCUCAGAUACGUUAAAGACGGCUGCUUUCUUAGAGGAGAAGCAUUAUCCUGUGUCAAAUACAAAGCAGUGAAAAUAGCAAAAAACGCAAUAUUUGGUGAAAAUUUGAGUAAAAACGAAACUAUCAAAGCUAAUAAUAUAGUCAGUCUUGUACCUUUAGACGAAGAAACGAUUGAAAAACUAGGAAUCAAAGAGAAUAAAGAGGCUAAAGUUGUAGCUAAUGAGCCGAGAGGAUUUUUGUCAGAAUGGGCGGAGCUUGCGAAGUAUGUUAUGAAGCUGGUUCAAGAAUUUUUCAAGGUCAAAGGACUGAAAGUCAAUUUGCCCGAAGGAGCCAGAACUGUAGAAGAAGUUGAUGAUACUCGAGGCAAAAAGAAGAAGCUAGCAGUAAUAGUACCACUGCUGACACUGUUUGCAGUCCUCAAGCUGAAGCUCCUGCUCAUACCAAUCCUCCUGUCAGUACUGCUGAUCAAGAAGCUGUUAUUGAUAGCCGCUCUGCUGCUACCCAGUGUACUAAGUACCUUGAAGGCUUGUAAGCACCACCACCCGAUGUCCUACUCCUAUUUCGGAAGCAGUGACUCAAGCGACUAUUCAGCAGAUUACAAUAAUAAUUACGCCUAUUCAGCCAGUGGGGGAUACGGCAAGGACUGGGCCUCAAACAGGGCCUAUAACAUGAUGAAACACAGGCCCACACCCUCCCCGACCUACAUCACUGCGCCUGGCGCAGUUGCUUAAACGCCAUAAGUAGUUAUAAGUGGUGGUUCGUAAUUAGUUUUAAAGUAAGUUUAUUUAUUGUCAUUAUUAUUUUAAAAUAUUUUAAUAACGCUUAUAUUAUGUUUAUUUAUUUUGGGAUUUUGUGUGGUUCUUCUUAUGUUAGGUAGUUUGAUAGGAUUUUCGUUUGUCAUGUAAAAAACAUCUUAAUUGUUAUAAUAAUUGUCGUCAUACAAAAAUACACAUAAAAGUACCUACACGAAAUUACUAGUAAAAUAACAAAAUUUUGUCUUGUCACAGUAAUAAAUAAGUUGAUAUCAAAAAUUAUAACUGAU